AUGGCAGGUAUUGAGGGGUUCCCAGGAAGCUCCAUGCAUGGGGUAACAGGCAGAGAGCAAACCUUUGUAUCCUCGGUAGCUUCCCCGAUGGUCCCAACUGAUACAACUGCCAACUUCGCUCUCCCUGUAGAUUCAGAGCAUAAAUCCAAGGUGUUCAGACCCUUGUCCUUAGCCAAACCCCACAUGAGAACCUUCCAUUUGUCUUGGAUCUCCUUCUUCACUUGCUUCGUUUCAACCUUCGCAGCUGCUCCCCUGGUUCCCAUAAUACGGGACAACCUCAACCUCACAACGUACGACAUCGGGAAUGCCGGGGUUGCCUCUGUUUCAGGCAGCAUCUUCUCAAGGCUGACGAUGGGUGCAGUGUGUGACCUCAUAGGCCCUCGCUAUGGCUGCGCUUUUCUAAUUAUGAUGUCAGCUCCUACUGUUUUCUGCAUGUCGUUCGUGAAGGAUGCUGCUGGGUACAUAGCAGUGAGGUUUCUGAUCGGCUUCUCCUUGGCGACAUUUGUGUCGUGUCAGUACUGGAUGAGUACGAUGUUUAACAGUAAGAUCGUGGGUUUGGCUAAUGGGACGGCGGCUGGGUGGGGCAACAUGGGAGGUGGGGCCACUCAGCUUAUAAUGCCGUUGGUGUACGAGGUGACCCGAAGAGCUGGGGCUACUCCUUUCACUGCCUGGAGAAUUGCGUUCUUUGUUCCUGGUUGGUUGAAUGUCAUCAUGGGACUCCUCGUCUUAACUCUUGGCCAGGACUUACCUGAUGGAAACCUCUCUACCUUGCAGAAAAAGGGUGAUGUUGCUAAGGACAAGUUCUCCAAGGUGCUGUGGUAUGCCAUAACAAAUUACAGAACAUGGAUUUUUGUUCUUCUCUAUGGCUACUCUAUGGGAGUUGAAUUAACCACUGACAACGUCAUUGCUGAGUAUUUCUACGACAGGUUCAAUCUGAAGCUUCACACAGCUGGGGUCAUCGCAGCAACAUUUGGAAUGGCCAACAUCGUAGCUCGUCCCUUUGGUGGAUAUGCUUCAGACACAGCAGCUCGCAUAUUUGGCAUGAGAGGGAGGCUUUGGGUCCUGUGGAUUCUGCAGACCUUAGGAGGGGCCUUCUGUAUAUGGCUUGGCCGAGCUAAUUCGCUACCCAUUGCUGUGUUGGCUAUGAUUUUCUUCUCUAUGGGAGCUCAAGCUGCCUGUGGUGCAACAUUUGGUAUAAUCCCAUUCAUCUCAAGGAGGUCUCUGGGGAUCAUAUCGGGUCUGACUGGGGCCGGGGGGAACUUCGGGUCGGGUUUGACCCAGUUGAUUUUCUUUUCAACCUCCAACUUCUCUACCUCUACUGGUCUUUCCUUGAUGGGUGUGAUGAUUGUGUGCUGUACACUUCCUGUGACUCUGGUUCACUUCCCACAAUGGGGCAGCAUGUUUCUUCCUCCUACCAAAGAUGUUGAUAAAUCCACCGAAGAAUAUUAUUAUGCUUCUGAAUGGAACGAGGAGGAGAAGCAGAAGGGAUUGCAUCAGCAGAGUCUCAAGUUCGCGGCCAACAGCCGAUCUGAGAGAGGCAAGCGUGUGGCCUCUGCCCCAACACCACCGAAUACAACUCCUUCCCAUGUCUGAUCCUUAUUUUAUUUUUUUAACUUUUGGGUUUUAAU